AUUAUAAAUUUUAAUCUGUUUAAAAUAGCAGCUUUUCGAAAAAAUUGUUAAAUAUCAAAACAACUGAAGGAGCAUCAAGUCACGAAAAAAUGGUGUAUUACAAAAGAAUUAUUUGGUUAGUUUGCAUAUGGUUUAUUUCUGGUACUUAUUCAGACUGUCAAACAAGUCUAUGUUCAAAUGUUGCAAAUUCAAUUGUAAAUUGUAGUUCAGUAUCAACCACUUAUGAAUGUCAGUGCAACCCUGGCUACUAUGCACUUCCUAAUACAUGGGUAAAUGGCAAUAUGAGUACAGCCAUAUUAACUACAUUGCAGUUUCCAAGACAAUGUCAAGACAUAAAUGAAUGUGAGGAUCCUUCCAUCUGUGCUGAAAAUUCUGAAUGCGUUAACACUCCUGGUUCAUAUGAAUGUAUUUGUAAAAAUGGUUUUGUUGGUGAUUAUGCAGUAAGCGACAAAAGGAGGACAUGCUAUGAUGUAAAUGAGUGUGCACAAAGAGCAUCACUAUGCCCAACUCAAACUGUUUGUGUUAAUACUAUUGGUUCAUACAAAUGUCAAUGUGGUGGUGGAAAUCAAACCAAUCCUAUAACUGGAGCGUGUGAAGAUGUUAAUGAGUGUGUUCCUAAUGGUGUGACUAUUUUUAACAACCCAUGUGAUCGUCUAUUACCUAUUACUCUUAAUUUUACUACAUGCAUAAAUACUAUUGGUAGUUUUCAAUGUGUUUGUCCUGAUGGUUAUCUUUCUCCCCGGCCUGAAGAUUUUUAUACUUGUCGAGAUCUCGAUGAGUGUAGCAUGAAUCAGAACAACUGCUCUGUUAAUUCUAUAUGUAACAAUUUUGGUGGAGGAUUUAAUUGUACUUGUAAGAGUGGAUAUAUUACAAGUAGCAGCGGAGUUGAAACACUUUCUGAUCAAUGUGUAGAUAUCAAUGAGUGUUCUAAAAUUCUUUGUUUGGGCCCCAGCUGUUUUUGCAGAAACACACCUGGAAGUUACUCUUGUAUUUGUACUGAUCCUGGUUAUAAGCUGCAAACAUUCCAAAAUGGAAGCUGCGCUUGUGUUGAUGUUGACGAAUGCUAUUUGGGUAAAUCAGAUUGUGAUCUGGAUAAUGGAAAUUGCAUUAAUCUUGAUGGAGCUUUUAGUUGCAACUGCAAUCCAGGCUAUGUUGCAAAAGCAAAUGUGUCUAGUUAUUCUUGUAUAGAUGAAAAUGAAUGUAUUACUAAAGGAUGUUACAAUAGUAUCUCUGUAAAUGCAACAUGUUUUAAUGAAGUUGGUUGUUUUACAUGUACAUGUCCACAAGGCUAUACUGGAAAUGGUUAUAUGUUAGGUACUCAGUAUUUAUCUGCAAAGGGACCUGUAGAUGGCACUGGAUGUAACGAUCUUGAUGAAUGUCUUCAAAAUCCUUGUGCUCCUAAUGAAAAUUGUACUAAUACCAUUGGAUCAUAUAAUUGUUUCUGUGAUCCACAAUUUUUUAAAAUUACAGAGUAUAAUGAAUGUCAAGACAUUGAUGAAUGUGCACUUGGUACAGCAACUUGUCCUAAACAUUCUACUUGUCAAAAUAAUAAUGGUGGUUACACAUGUGUUUGUGACAAGAUGUACAGCGGGCCACAGUGCGAGUUUGAUGGUUAUUGGAGUGAGUGGCAAAAUAUUGGUAACUGCAGUGUCCCAUGUGGCAGUGGUGUAGUUCAACAAGUGCGAAGCUGCUUGUUAGGUAGCAACUGUAACCCAUAUCCAGUUGGAUAUAAUAGAACAAGGAUAUGCAAUACAGAAUUGUGUUCAAAUGUUACUAGUUUGGUAAAAAGUUGUUGGUGUGAAAACGUAACUCGUUUUUUGAAUGACGCAGAACUUCAAGAAUAUUCAAAUCAAAACAAUGUUGAGGUUAAUAAAAAUAAACAAGCUGUUGUUGAUAUAUUCAAUAAAUGGACUGCUUACCCCAUUGAUGAAGUCUGUUUUAUUAACAAACUUAAAAAUAGUUUGACGGCAAUUACUAGCGACAUUACUUUUGUUGAAAAUUACGCAAACUUUACCAUUGGUUUGAAAACACGUUUAGCCAACAUUAUUCAUUGCAAUGCAAAUAUGGGCAUCCGUUCUUCUUUAACCAUGUCUUAUAGAGAACUUCAUGAGAAAAAAAUGUUAGCGUUUUCGUUGUUAAACGAGAUUCGAUUAAAAAGAGAUGACCUUACAAAGAAAAUGAACUAUUGUUUGUCUUCUGGUUUUUUGAACACUCUCUGGAAUUCUGUAACAGCUACUUUUAGGUCAUUUUGAGCGUUGGAAAUUUUUAAAAAUUUACGAUAACUGUAUUUUUUUUUUUAACAAAACACAGCAGUAAUUUUUGCAUAUCUGUAUCAAUUUUUUUUAUAUAUAUAUUUUUAUGUUUUUAAUAGUUGUUAUAUUACAAUUUGUAUUAAAUUAUGAUAUUUCAAUUGUUUAAAUUUUUCAAAAAAUAUCAAUGAAAAUAAUUCAAUUAUAAUAUUUCGUGCCCAGGUUUUAAACGCUUGUUCUGCACUUAAUUUUGUUUAUAUGUUCUAAUAAUUAAGAUUAUAACCUUGAACACUUGUGUUGUCAUUUAUUGCUUCGUUUUGUUAUUUAUUACUUUGUAACAGUUAUUACACAAAUUGUUAUCAGUAUAAAUAAAAUUUUCAGUUGAACUUUUUUUAAA